UAAAUUAAAGAGUCUGUUCAUGUUGAGUCCUAAAAGGGGCAGGAUUUCACGCUUUGUCAAACCUCUGUUUUCUUCAGACUGUUUGAAGAUUGAGCACAGCAGUGGCAGCUCUGUAGGGGGCACAUUGCUGAGGGGCUCUCGAUCUAAAGCUGAGCUUCAGGAACUGAUGGAGACUCUACAGCGCAGAAAGAGUGCUCUGGAGGCCAGCUUGAGGGCAGCUGAAUGCAGCCGCAAGUACCUUAGCGUACCUGCAUCUGUUGUUGGCCAGCCCAGCAGACCAUUGUCCAUCCUCAGCAACACAGAACGACCUCCAUCCGCCUCCAGAAACUUUUCCUACAUUAAUAGCAACAGUGUGCCUCCAUCGCCACGUCAGGGCGAACGCCAGAUUAGCGCCAAUGGUUUGUUUCGUCAUUCCUACUCUCGCCACCAGUCACAGGACAGUCUGCUGCUUUCUAAUGCAUCUGAUGGAAAUUCUUUGCUGCCCUCAUAUGGGGAGCCAGUGCCUCGUUCCCCUAGGGUCAAGAGCGGGGCGGCCAGUAUGCCAUCCAGUCCUCGGAUGAGCCGUAGACUCAGCUCUCAAAGCAAAGCCGUCGGAGAGUCAAGGCAGAGGAAAUACUCCACCGGUUCUCUCAACAACCUGGGGAUGCAUAGCCGUUCUUUGCCACGACUUCACAAUGCGGCAGACCCCCCUGUGUUGUCGCUGCCGUCUCGUCACUCAGUGGGUUCCCACAGGGUGGUGGUCUCAGCAGGACAGCGGCGCAGUCUUUCCUCCCUCGAGCAGCCCCCAGAUGUGACCGUUCCUGCAAGCAUGCCCAGCACAUCCAGGAGGUCCAGCCUUGCUUCACUUAGCUCCCUAGGUAUAGAGAUUGAUGGAACGGGAUUAGAUCUGGGCUUAGGAGAAAGGAGGUUGUCAUUUGGGAAAAGCGGACUAAGUCCAGGACAGAGGGUGGGCAGCAUCAGUUCUCUGAAUGGCAAAGAAGAGCUGAGAGACUAUCACCAGCAUCAGAGAGAUGAGCGACUCAGGGAGCAGAAAGUGCAGAAAUUGGAAUGCCAGCGUCUGGAAACCAUCUUAAGCCUGUGCACUGAAUUGGGACAGGUGGUGAGAGAGCCAACGGGCUCAGCUGUUUCUGAUCUGCAAAAGAUCAAUAAGGAGCUGGAGAAGCUGCAGGUGUCGGACGAUGAGUCUGUGUUUUCUGACUCCCCUAGCAGCACUGCUCCAGACACCAGUUUUGGGGCCAAAGCCAGAGAUCUUCAGCUUCCUGAGGAGCAGCAGGCCAUCCAGCGUCAGCAGGGAAACUACAGGUCUCAAUCACCUGCUAUAAAUCUGAACAGCACCGCUCCCUCUCCUUCUACACACCACAGAGCCAAAGCCUUGGAGAGCAUGCAGCUGAAACAAGAAGUAUCUCAUUUAGAGGAAGAGAGAAUCCAGGUUUUGAACAACAUUGAAGAGCUGGAGCAGAAGAUCAAAGACCUGGACAACCAGAUGGAGGAGUCUUUGCGUGAGAUGGAGGUGGAGUGUGCCCUGCUGGACGGAGAACAGGAGUCUGAGAUGACCCAGCUGCAGAGGGAAAAGGAGCUGUUGGAUGAACUCAAAGAAAAAAUGCAAAGUAUCGAGAGGACAAGCAAGCCUGAAAAAUCUCAGGAAAGUGAGGAGCAGACAAAAACCUCAGAGGAUUCAGAAUUUCAAAAGCUGGAGAGAGAAAUCAAGCAGGAAGAGGAAAACGAGAGUCAAAGCCAAGAGUUACUGCGGGACAUCGCUGAGUAUCAGCGUCUCAGCGUCACUCGCAAGGAAAGAAUCAUGACUCUGAAGAAACAGUCCUCUCAGAUCACUUUACAGGCUCAGCAAGAGAAAGAAAACUUCCAGAGAGAGAAAAACAACUUGCUUGUCAUGCUUCAAAAGGAGAGAGACAAGCUGCUGUCGUUGGAAGGAAAGUACGCAGAGUUGUCUGAGGGCCAAACUUUGAUCAACAACCCUGUUACCAUCAAAGAGCACUUGAACUCCCUGAAGGAGAGGAGAAGAAGUAGCAAAGAAAGCUCUUCCCAUCCUAUCGAAAGCAUUCCUCAUAAGAGAGGCCAGCAGCUCCUCGGCUCCUAUGGCAGAUCUCUGGGACGCACGCUUCCUCCCAAGGCACAUCUGCCUUUAUCCCAAAGCUCCAGCUGUGGCAGUGUCAUUCCACAAGGCUUCAGCUUCUCUUCCCGGGAAGUGAACGCCCGUCGGCUGCCCAAGGCAGGAAACAGCCAUGCUCACAUGAACGACGACAGACAGAGGCAGAGCGAUUUUUGCAGCAGGAUGGUCUCUGAGGCCAACGUGUUCCUGGACACCUUCUCGUACCCAGACAACAGCCAGGCAUCGGACACCGUCAGUGUGGACAGUUCGGACAGCCUGGAGACCAGUUUCUCUGCGUGUUCACCUGACAACAUCUCCAGUGCCAGCACUUCCAAUAUGGCAAAGAUUGAGGAAAUGGAGCGUUUACUCCGAGAGGCCCAGGCUGAGAAACUGAGACUCCUCGAGCACAGGGAGCGGGAGAUGGAGAUGCGCAGGCAGGCCCUGGAGGAGGAGAGGAGGAGGAGAGAGGAGCUGGAGAAACGUCUGCAGGAAGAAACGAGCAGGAGACAGAAACUUGUGGAAAGAGAAGUGAAGCUCAGGGAAAAGCAGAGAUCGCAGUCUCGGCUGCUGACUCGCUACCUCCCCGUGAGAAAAGAUGACUUUGACCUUCAUGGCCACAUCGAAGCAGCCGGACACAACCCAGACGCCUGCUUCCACCUGGCCAUCACCGACAAAACCUGCCGAGGAUUCCUGGUUAAAAUGGGCGGGAAGAUCAAGACGUGGAAGAAACGCUGGUUUGUCUUCGACCAGAAUCGGAGGACGCUCACAUAUUACGCAGACAAACAUGAGAACAAGAUGAAAGGAGUCAUUUACUUCCAGGCCAUUGAGGAGGUGUACUAUGAUCACUUAAAGAAUGCACACAAAAGCCCCAAUCCUUCUCUGACUUUCAGUGUGAAGACCCAUGACCGUGUGUACUACAUGGUGGCUCCGUCUCCUGAGGCCAUGCGUAUCUGGAUGGACGUUAUCGUGACGGGCGCUGAAGGACACAUGCACUUCAUGGUGUAGCACACCCGCUUUCACCUUUAUUUUCUUUGCCAUUGAGUUAAACAAGUUUCAGUCAGAGGAACGGCAAACACAUGUGGAUCAGAGAGGGAUUUUACCUAAACAGUUUCUGUGUUUAUGAUCACAGAAAUUUACAAAUGAGCAGAAAGGAAAUCUGCGCAGGCUUUAUUAUGCAGCUGUGUAUAAAAGACAAAAAGUGUUUGGUGUCAGAAGAAAGCCAUGUGGGCUGUUUUAAUUAAGUGGUUUAUGUUUUGUGAAAAGCUUAAGUAUCUCUUAAUCUCACAGCAGGUAAUUUUCUUGUUUUUUUUCAUCAGGGAAGCUUCUAAAUGAUGGAACCUAACAUGCUUUGAUGGGUUGGCACCAGAACAAAUUAGUUUUCUAUUAAAAACAGUCUUUCAUAAUAUUGGAUGAUUUUAAUAAAUACAGGUUUUUGUAUUCAAUGUGAUUGUGAAAAGGUUGUAAACUGUCCCUCUUUUCACAUAACUUGGAAAACGAUAAUCCUCAACAUAUUUUAGCUUUCCACCCUUUCUGAAAAUUCCUUUAAAGCUUUACUUUGUACAUUAUGUAGAAAAUACAUUUUCAGCUAAUAAAUAGUGUCCAAAAGUUGUGUUUUCAACAGACAGUAAACAUGCAACAACACAAAGGUCCUUCAUCUUUGAUAUGAAAAGGUUCCAGCUGGUACCUUGUUGAAGUAUUUUUUGUUGAAGUGUUUUGACUUUCAUGUUUUUUAAUUCAGGUAAAAAUAAUAAGUUGAACAGUGCUUCCAAAAGGCUGCUAAAGAUCUGAUUUAAAUUAAAGCCGUUUUCUCUGAGUAGUUUUCUGUUGUGCCUUAAACACAAGGCACAUAAAAGAAAUUCACCCAAAUUUUUUAAGGUGAAAACAAAAUUGGGGUUUUCCACCUAAAUUUUACAGCUUUGAAAGUCUUUCUUUUUGUGGCUUAGUUAGGAAACAGACAAAAAAUAUAUAUUUUUAAAAUGUUAGGUACAAAAUAAACAGGGAGGAAAAUAAUCCUCCAUGCCAGUUUUGAAUGUUACAUGAAAGGCUUAUCGUAUUUUCUGGACUAUAAGUUGCAGUUUUUUUCACAGCGACUUAUGUGUGGAAAUUAACACUUCAUUAUAUCAUAUCACAUGUUAUUUUCACACUAAACCAUAAGAGUUUAGUGUGACCUUCAGAGUAGGUAGCAGCUACAUUCAUUUAGCUUACAAAGUUGUUUACAAGUGACAUCGAGGACGAAGAUUUCAUUGUGUUUAGUGAUUUGGAGAGACACAGAUGAUUUGGUAAACUUGUUAUUUAUGCUAUAAUUAUCUGAAUAACUCUUAAUAUGUUAUGCUAACAUACCAGGCAUGUUCUCAGUUUGUUAUUUAUGUGUCAUGUAACGUUAGCAUACCGUACAGUUAUUUAGCCUAUUGUACUUUUAUUGCCUUUCAAGAUGGCAUGUUUGUUCUUGGUGUUGGAUUUUAUCAACUAAAUUUCCCUCAAAAAUGCAACUUAUACUCUGGUGCGACUUACAGUCCGGAAAAUAUGGUACAUUGAAUUCUUACAGGAGGCUGAACAUAAAUACACACCACACUUUUCAGAUUGUUUAUUACAAGACAAUUUAAAAAGCAUUUUCCAUUUUUCUUCCACUUCACAGUUACGUUCUAUGUUGUUUGUGAAUUCUCACAAAAUGACUACAAAUUUGUGUUUGUAAUGUGACAAAAUAUAAAAAAGUCCAAGGUAUGAAUCCUUUUUAAAAGUAUUGUAUAUAAAGAAAGGAAGAGUCACCAAAGAUUUUUGCACAACACAGCACUUUUCUACUUCUGAUGGUACUUUUCAGUGUUUCUACAUCACAGCCAGACUUAUCCUGCCCAUCCAGUCUCUCUGAGUGGUCACAAAACGCACCUUCUGGUUAGCUCAAGAUUAUGAAUCAGUUUUUUACUUGUUUCACCUGCUGCUUUCAGACGACCAAAAUAAGCUGACCUUGUCUGCUUACCUUAUGACAGGAUUGAAUGUCCACUGUUAUUAUUUCCUCUUUUGCUCAUCUUUCAUUGCCAAAGAAGCAUUUUUUUUUCUUCGCUGAAAUUGGAAUAAUUAAAAAAAAGAUGAUUAGGAAUUAUUUACAAAUGCUGACUAAACAUGAAGCCAUGAAACUGCUACAAUUACAGAAGUGCUCUGUUUUAUGGUGUUCAGCUAGCUCCCUCUGUCUGCAGUGCAGGCUGCAGGCCUCACAUGAAGAGGCCAUGUUGUGCAGCAGUGAUGCUGAAUGUUCCUGCGUCACCCAUGUGUUAUUAACACUGAUGCGUUUCACCAUGUUUCACCAGCAGAGGUCCUCAGCGCAGAGUGAUUGCGCUAGAAUGACGUAAUGCUCUGCCUUAAAACCCCAGAGUCAUUUAUAUUAAAGAACAUAUGCUUUAUCAUCAGUAUUUCUCUAUGUUAUAUAAGCAGUUAUGAGCACAUGUACAUCAUGCUUAAUAAUAGCUUUUGUUUAAGUUUUUUUUGUGCAUUUUUGUGUAUUCAUAAACAGAUUGCCAUAGUGAGAAAUGUUUGACCAGCUGAUGGUUAACAGACUGCAGGGUUCGCUGUUUAUCCUGCGCUGAUUAAGUGGUAAUUAACUCCUGCAGAGGGCAGAUCAGAGAGCUGAUAGUGUUACAGAUGUGUUGGUCCCUUCAUUGUCUGUCACUUUAACAUCUCAUUCUUAUCCAAGCCUUGAAACACGACAAACUACA